GGAGCAUGCAUUUUGAUCCGAAGAAGAAGAAGCGAGAUUGAUAUGAAAGAGAUCUUAUUAUUAUUAUUAUUAUUUAUUAUAUAAUUAUAUGUGAUGUGGAUGGGUGGAAGAAGAAAUGGUAGGCAGGCAAUGAAUGAAUGAAAGAAAGAAUUGCAUACAUAGAGUGGAUCGCCAGAUUUAACAUAACAUAACCGCAUUGAAUCUGACGAACAUCUUUCUUGCAGAGGCUUCUCCGCCCUGAAUGAAGCUUCACCUCCACCUUCCUUCCUUAAAUUCUCCAACACUCCAUUUUCUCCUCCACAUAAUUCCCUUUUCCUCCCGCUUUUCUCUCCUCCUCCAUCAACAACAACAACCCAAUUCCUCUUUCUUCUCCUCUUCCUCUUCCUCCAUGGCUCCCCCCACGUUCGAGGAGGAAGGUCAAUCUGAAACACCCACCUCCGCCAAAUCAAGAAUCACCGUUGUCGGCAGUGGAAAUUGGGGCAGUGUCGCCGCAAAGCUCAUUGCUUCAAACACCCUCAAGCUCGCCUCUUUUCACGAUGAAGUCAGGAUGUGGGUAUUUGAAGAGACAUUGCCCAAUGGAGACAAGCUCUCCGAUGUCAUCAACAGGACUAAUGAGAAUGUUAAAUAUCUUCCUGGUAUCAAACUGGGCAAAAAUGUUGUUGCCGAUCCGGAUAUUGAACAUGCAGCUAGAGAUGCAAACAUGUUAGUCUUUGUAACCCCACAUCAGUUCGUGGAGGGUAUAUGCAAACGACUUGUUGGAAAGUUAAAGGAAGAUGUUCGAGCAAUUUCCCUCAUUAAAGGAAUGGAGGUGAAGAUGGAAGGUCCGUGCAUGAUCUCCACCCUUAUUAAGGAACAGCUUGGAGUUGAUUGUUGCGUUCUUAUGGGGGCUAACAUAGCAAAUGAGAUAGCAGAGGGGAAGUUUAGUGAGGCAACCGUGGGAUAUAAGGAGAAUAGAGAAGUAGCAGAGAAAUGGGUUCACCUGUUUAACACUCCUUACUUCGUCGUGUCAGCUGUUCAAGAUGUUGAGGGCGUUGAAAUGUGUGGAACUUUGAAGAAUGUUGUGGCCCUGGCAGCAGGUUUUGUCGAUGGGUUGGACAUGGGAAAUAACACAAAGGCUGCAAUAAUGAGAAUUGGUCUGAGAGAGAUGAGGGCAUUAUCCAAGCUGUUAUUUUCAUCUGUUAAGGAUAGCACCUUCUUCGAGAGCUGUGGUGUCGCCGACCUAAUCACAACUUGCUUAGGAGGAAGGAACAGGAAAUGUGCUGAAGCUUUUGCCAGAAAUGGUGGCAAAAGGUCCUUUGAUGAACUUGAAGCAGAGAUGCUACAAGGCCAAAAACUACAGGGUGUAUCGACUGCAAAAGAAGUUUACGAGGUGCUAACACAUAGAGGAUGGGUGGAACUCUUCCCACUGUUUGCAACGGUUCAUGAAAUCUGCAUUGGGCGUCUUCCUCCUUCGGCUAUAGUUGAAUACAGCGAAUGCUCCCCAAGAACAACUCCUCUGUCUGCAGGUGCAUAAAGAUGGAUGGAUGGAUAUAUGUUGUAUGGCAAAAAAACAGUUGAAUUUUCCUUUUGAGUUUUUUUUGGUCACUUUGUUUGUAUCAAUCCAUCCCUCCAUCAAUCCAGUCAGCAAAGCAAUGUCUGUCUUAUUUGUCCUCUCUUAGGGGGCAUAAAACCAUAUUGCCCGUCUUAUUAUGUAAGGGAUGGGCAUCAUCAAUGACAUUUAGGCUAUAGGCUGCCUGGACCACAAUCAUCAAUAUCUCAUAUUUUGCAUCAGUAAAAAAAUCUCCUCAAUUCUUUCUGUCUCUU